UUUGGCGCCAGUUUUGGGUUGCGGGGAGAACAAGAGCGGGUCGCGCUGCGUGAGGGGGGAGGGAAGCGGUGGCAGCAACGAAUCCUUCUCGGCUCCGGACCGGGCUCCUCCAGAGGUGCAGCGCCGCCUCCCGCCUGCGAAGGGAGCCGCCAUGAUCGGGCAGAAGACGCUGCUCUCCUUCUUCGAGGCGGCCGCGCCGCCCGGCAAGAAGCGGAGCCGCUCACCGGAGCAGCCAGGCGAGGCCGCCGAGGCCUGCUCCCCCAAGAGGUCAAAGGCUGAUAUUGCCUCCCCUCGGUCUCCUCCUCUGAGUCCGGAGCAGCUGGAACGGAUCCGGAGAAACAAAGAGGCGGCUUUGCAAAGACUCGCUGCCCGCACUAACAGCCUCGUCCCCGCGGAGAUCGGGCGCAGCUGGAGGGUCGCGCUGACUGGGGAGUUCUCCAAACCCUAUUUCUCCCAGCUAAUGGCCUUUGUUGCUGAGGAGCGCAAGCGUUACACUGUCUACCCACCCCCAAAUCUAGUCUUCACUUGGACCCAGAUGUGCGAUAUCCACAAUGUGAAAGUUGUCAUCUUGGGCCAGGACCCGUAUCAUGGACCCAGCCAAGCACAUGGCCUCUGCUUCAGUGUCCAGAGACCCGUGCCACCUCCACCCAGCCUAGAAAAUAUUUACAAAGAGCUUGAAACAGACAUAGAAGACUUUUCUCAUCCUGGCCAUGGAGACUUGACAGGGUGGGCCGGACAAGGAGUCCUCUUGCUCAAUGCUGUCCUCACUGUCCGAGCGCACCAAGCCAACUCUCACAAGGAGAAGGGCUGGGAGCAGUUCACGGAUGCGGUGGUGUCCUGGCUGAACAAAAACCUGGACGGGCUGGUCUUCAUGCUAUGGGGAGCCUAUGCUCAGAAGAAGGGCAGCGCUAUUGACAGAAAACGCCACCAUGUCUUACAGACGGUUCACCCUUCGCCCCUUUCUGUGCACAGGGGUUUCUUCGGCUGCAAGCAUUUCUCAAAAACAAAUGAAUUGCUGCAAAAAUCUGGAAAGAAGCCCAUUGACUGGAAAGCACUUUGAAAGGCUUGUGUCCUUUUGGGAGGGUGCUGCGUCUAAAACAGUGACAUUUAAGAGACUCAAUCUUAAGAGCUUGAAGGAGUCCAGAAAUUUUAUUGUUGUGUUUGAGACAAGUGACCUAAACAGUCUUCUUCAGCCCUUUGUUCUGGAUUAAUUCUAUCAACUGGGUGGGAUUAUUCCGAAGAGUCUUUUUGAGGCUUAAAGAAGUUGGUAUAAAGAAUUCACCUUCCAAGUGCAUUUGAGCACAACUUAGAAUUGGCUGUAAGGAGCGAUGUAACGUCUUGUUCUCAGGUCACUGCCCAAGAAAACAUUCUGUUCUGUGCUAUUAUAACACACUUCUUCCCCCUCCCCCCAAAUCCCUGUCUUAUUACCUGUUUUCGAGGAACAUGCAAGUACCUCUUCACCCUAACAGCGAAGAAGCUAUUUUUCAUUUUGAACCUCUUACAAAAAAUCCUGCUAGCAAAGCCGUUGCAGCAUUCAGGUCUUCCUAUGUUCCCCUUUUGUAAGUGAUAGGCUAUAAGCUUUGCUGUGAGCCACAGUGCUCCACGUCAGCAGUUUCUGUGGCCUGAAGAGACUGAUGAUCUGUAGCACCAUCGGUAUGGAAAGAUCUGUGGUGCUUGUACAUCCCCAUGCGAAUGUGGGGAAUGUGAUCACUGGUCCCUAGCCUGUUGCAUUUAGUCCUCAAUGUUAACGCUGCCAUGCCCCGGAUCUCUUGAGGAUCCAUUCUAGGGCUUGUUCCCCCACAGGCAAGGGCCAAAAUGGGGUCCUCAUAAAGGCAUCUCUGCCAUUCAGUGGGGGAGGGACCCAUAAAUGGCUUUAUCAUCUUGGAUUCCUGAGAAGCAAAGUUGGUUAUCUGAGUUGUAUGCAAAUUGCGUAAGGGGGGGGGUCUAUACUGGUAUAUUUUAAGUACCAAAUUAAGAUGCAUGCAUACUUCCUGUAACACUAGUGACAAAGUUGGUUUUUGGAGUCACUAUAUUUUUUUAAAAUAAACGUCUGUUUUGAUACA